AAAAGAACAGACAACGAACGAUUUUCGUGUCAGAAUCUUUAAAACAGAGCAUGGUGUUGCGUUUAUUCGAACAAAUAUGAAUUGCUCCUCGAGGAAGAAGUUGGACAUUUGGAAGGAGAUAUGAGAGAAGCUUUUUCAGAUUCUGAAGACUGUUUAGGUCAUAGCUUGGUAGCUGCUAAAAGAUAUGCAAAGAGAAUAAGCUCAACAAGCUCUUGGCCUGAAAAUUUUAAGCCUUCAUUUACCCAAAAGCUUACAUUUAAAUAUGUGUUAGAGGGAGAACCAGUUGUUUUCCAGUGUAGCUUAAUAGCCUGCCCAACACCCAAGAUAACCUGGUUUCACAACAAUAGGCCUAUAUCAACAAGUCUCCGUAGGGUGAUAAAAACUGAAAAUGAUUUACACAAUCAUAUUUCUAGGCUAGAGGUUAAAAAUGUACAAGACAGAGAUUCAGGAAGCUACAGAUUAUUUGCAAUUAACAGUGAAGGAUCAGCUGAGUCAACAGCAUCAUUACUUGUUGUGCAAAGGCAACAAGAGGGAAAAUAUUUGGAAUUUUUAAAAAAGGCUGAGAAAACAUGUGAAAGUGUAGAGGCUCUAGCUGAGGGAACAAUAGAAGACAGGGUGAAGGUUGAUCUUCGAUUCAUUGGCUCUCCUUUUAGCAAAAUGCAAGAUGCUGAACCAAAGGGAAUAAGGAGAACCAUACAUUUCAAGAAAACCAUCCCUGCUAAGAGAAAAGAAUUCACAUACACUGAGAUACAGGAAUGGUUUAAUGUAGGUGAGAGUUUUUUGGAUGAGGAGACCAAAAUGAAGUUACAGCGUUUACGGGAAGCUAAAAGAAUUUUAUUGGAAAAAAAGAAACUACCUUCUUUAGACACGUCUUCUGAAAUGGUUACAAGAAUUCUGAGAAAUGAAGCUAGCAAUAAAGACAGUGCAUCUUCUAGAGAAAAAAUGAGAACUCUUCCCAUAUCUUAUCUAGAUAGAAAUAAGGAUUAUAUAGAUGAUUCUACUGAGGAAACUGAUAUUCAGAGUCAUGUGGAUAAAAAUUUAAUGUGUGGAGAGCCUUCUAAAAGUCUCCAAACCACUUUUGAAGGAGCAAUUGAUGAAGACAUCUUCCAGACCAAUAUCAUGAUGACACAAGAUGCAUUUCCAAGAGACAGUUUUCAUGAAGAUUCAAAAAGUUCACUCGGGACUGAUUCAGAACGUUUUCACAGCAAGGAAAUAUUUACUGAGGAUACCCAAGUAGUAGAAGAAUUUGAAGGGUUCAUGGCAGAAAAUAUAACCCAAGAAUCCUCAGGAUACAUGAGCAGUAGACAUAUGAAUGAAGAAAUAUGCACAGUAGCCUCAAAUAAUGAUAUCACAUCUGACAUUAUUACAUCAUACACCAGUGAAUCUUUUGCUACUUCUGAAAACAUUGAGAAAAUUACAGAGGUAGACAGGCAAACAAUAAGACAGGGAGAUUUGCCCCAAGAAAAGCACCCAGUUUCUAUGAAAGUCAACGAAUCACAAACUGAGAUAGAGGAAAAAGCAACUCGUUUUGAAAGCCCUUUCCAGAAACGUUUUAAACGUUGCCCUCCUUCAUUCAUUCAUGAACUUGAAUCUCAAGAAGUAAACGAAGGAGAUUGUUGCAUAUUUGCUUGUUACUUUCAAGGAUACCCACAACCCAUAGUGACUUGGUAUAACAAUGAUAUACCAAUCCCACGCAAACAAGACUAUAUUAUCCAAACUACUGAAGGUUAUUCAAGGCUAACUUUCUCUUCUGUUCUCCCUCAAAAUGAGGGCUCUGUAACAUGUGUGCUAUUUAACCAAUAUGGAACAGUAAAAACAUCAGGUAUGAUGAAAGUUAGGGCCAAACCACAUGACACUUGUCAGGCCCCAUCCUUCCAGGAGUACACUGAGGAUGAAGAAGAACUUACAUUAGCAUUUGACCAAAUGAAAGAAGGGACCUCAACUUUCUGGCAGGAAGACAGAUCAAAUGUGUCCAUUUCAGAAGUUAACCCAUCCAGUUCUACCACAGAAGACUUAGAAUUACUUUCGUAUCCAGUAGAAAUUCAGAUAACAGCAGCUACCCCUACUCCUGAACAAGAAUUUAGAGAAGCAUUCCAACCAGUUGAAUUUGUACCUGAAGUAACAUCUCGAGAUCAAGCUCUUCAGUCUCCCAAACACAAAUUUACAUUUUCAUUCAGUGAGCCACCCAAACUACUAGCCGAAAUGCCCAAACUUAUCAAAUGUAGAGAAGGGUAUUCAGUAAUACUUGAAUGUUUAAUAUCUGGAGAUCCCCAGCCCGAUGUAACCUGGUAUCAAAAUGGCAUAGCCUUGAACCAGAGCCAGAGGUUUGGAAUUGAGGAAGAAGAUGGUAGGUACAGGUUAUAUAUCAAUGAAGUAAGUUCUCAAGAUUCAGGAAGAUAUACCUGCAUUGCCGAAAACAACUCAGGAAGAGUAGAAAGUGCUUCAGAUCUCAUUGUGGAGCCUGUUAGUCUUAGUUUUUAUAACCAGUUAGAAAAUAUUGGUGAUGUUGAGAUGAAACACUUCACAAACAGACAAGAACAAAGGCAGGGAGAAAUUGCAAAAGCGCAUUUUUAUGACUAUUCAAUUGACUCUUUUACAAACAGAUCUAAUGUGAAAGAAUAUUCAGUAAAGGAAUAUUUUCAGACUCUUGAGACUGCUCAGCAGCUACGAGUAAAAGAGAAGGAGCAUUGUGUAUAUUCCAAAGAAAAACCAGCUAGAUUUAUGCGAGGUGUGACAAAAUCCAUAAUAAUCCAUGAGCCACCUCGAGUUGAAAAUACAAAUUUACAAUGCCAGAGUAAAGGGAAGGACCGAUCUGUAAGUGAACAAACAGAGUCAGAGGGAGAUGAAGCCAGAGCUUACCCUUUUGAGAUGGUGAACCAGUUUAGUAAACAAGCAAGAAUAGAAAAGGAAAACAUUUAUGAACAUACAACAGCUGGAUAUUUGUCAAAUAUCCAGUUUGAAAGGACAAUGAAACAUUAUGUAGAGAAAGAUUCAUCCAUUAUGGUAUCUGAAGAGCCUUGCAAUGGAAAAAGUGGUUACGUAGACAAAAAUGUGAAGAGAAAAGUAGUCCCUGAAGAGUAUGGUUUUAGAAGUGCCGAAAGUCAAGUGUCUGAUGUAUGCUUCAAAGGACCAACAAGGACUGAUGACUCAAGAAUUCCAUCAGAACCAUUAGAGUCAGAGUCAUAUACCCCACUGGUGAGUGAAACAACAGAUGUGAAAACUUAUAUGAAUGCUGAAGUCGAUUCACAUAACUUUGCAAUGAAUUUGAAACUUCUCUCUUCUGAAGUGCGACAGAAUUUUGCAGAGAAAGAGAAGGAACAAAGGAAAGAGAGCUGUUUAGAAAAUCAGGCACCAGCUUCUGAACGUGCUGACCCUGGUAGAUAUAUUAGAUCGGAUCUGAGGCAGCCUCACCCUCAUAAAGAGGAUGUGGAAGAUGGAAACCAAAAAUCAGAUAAAGUAGAACCAAAAGUAGUUAAAGAUCAGAAACUGGCCUCUGAAAUAAUUGAAUUUGAUUUGGGGAGCAUUGUAUUUGAUCUGAAACAAAUUUAUUCCCACUUGGGAAAUACAGCUAAGGAGCAGGAAGGGCAAAUUUUUGAGCAACAGAAAGAAAUAUACCAUAAGGAUGAAAUUCUUAAUUCUGAAACAUUAAAACUGGAUGUCUAUGAUAUAUCAGGAAAUGUACAAAAUACCACACCACUGACUGAACAAGAAAUUCCAGCCAGCCAGGAACUUUCCGAUGAACAUGUGAUUGAAUUAGAAAAAAGCUCUUUUGAUGAAGAUACAUUAUACCUAGGGAAAAAGGGCUCUUGUCUUCAGGAACAUGAUUUUAGUAUUUCAGAAAUAGAUUUUUCACACAAGUCUAGAGCCAAAGAAACUCGUCAUGAAACACCACCUUUGUUCCAAACCUUAGUACCUGAAUUACCAGAAACUGGAGUUGAAAGCUUCAUAUCAGACUUGAAAAAGGCUGCAAGCGAGGAAAAGCAUUUAAUUACAUCUGAAAUUAAAGAAAAAGAAGAGCACAUCUUGGCACUUAAUCCAUCUUCAUUUGAAGAAUUAGAUAUGAGAAUGCAGAAUUAUGAAGGUGUAAGUCCUGAAGAACACAAUAGUGAUCAAAAGGACAGAAAACUUUCUUUAAGUCAGUAUUUCCCCUUUCUAAUAACUGAAGAACACUUAGAUCAAAAUGGACAAACAGCAAAAAAACCAGAUGGUUUCAAAGAAGAAAAGUGUUAUGCAGAAAAUCAAAUUGAAAAAGAAAUGCCUUUACCCACUAUUGAAACCUUUAAUGUUACACAAAGAGAAACUUGUCUUUCUGAAAAUACUUCUGAAGUAAAUGAGGCACACACUACUGAAAUAGUGGAAUCGGAGACCUCCCUAGCGAAAUAUUUACUCUCUGCUGGAAAGCAGAAGGCUCCUGAUACCAAAGACAACAAGACAGAACUUUUCCAAAAUGAGUCAGUUACUUCAAUGGAGGUCGAAGAUGUGACUUUCAACACUGUCUAUGAAUUUUACAACCAGCAGCAGGAAUCACUAGCUCGUCCGUUUUCUCCUGAAUCAGAUAUGUCGAUUGAAUUUGGAAGCACAAGCAGUGAGGACAUCUCGGAAUUAGACCAAUUCUAUACACCCCCAUCAUCAGUUGAACAUUUUGAAACUCCUGUUUCACCUGAAUUAUAUUUUCCUUCUCUGAAUACAACCGAAAAAUAUUCCACACCAUUAGGAGAAGAGAUAACUGAAAGAUAUUCUACACCUUCUGGAGGAGAAAGUACCGAGAGAUAUUCUACCCCUUCAGGUGGAGAGAGUGCUGAGAGAUAUUCUACACCUUCUGGAGAAGAAACAAUCGAAAGAUAUUCCACACCCUCAGGGGGAACAAAGCUCAAUUUGAGUACAAGAAAAGUUCCAUCAAAAAUAGCAAGAGAGGACAGCACACCAAAUGAGCUCUACCACACACCUACUGGAGAAAGGAGCCCAGCAUAUGAUCUGUGGCGCUCAGAAUCAUUUGGUACACCUAAUGAAGCAGUUGAACCAAAAGAAAAUGAAAUGCCACCAUCAUUCAUCUCACCUCUUAGCAAAAGACGGAUCUUUGAAAACACAACAUUAGGUUUCAUUGUUGAAGUUGAGGGAUUCCCAGUUCCUGGUGUGAAAUGGUACCGAAAUAAAUCAUUACUAGAACCAGAUGAAAGAGUCAAAAUAGAAAGGGUAGGCAAUGUGUGUUCUCUGGAAAUUUGCAACAUUAAAAAAUCAGAUGAGGGAGAAUACAUGUGUCAUGCUGUGAAUAUCAUAGGGGAAGCCAAAAGCUUUGCAAAAGUUGACAUUUUGCCUCCAGACAGAAGGGCGGUGGCCCUCCCUCCUCCAGUAACACACCAGCACAUUAUGGAGUUUGAUUUGGAAAAAAAUUCAUCAUCAAGGACACCUUCUCCUCAGGAAAUUGUCCUGGAAGUUGAAUUAGGGGAGAAUGAUGUUAAAGAAUUUGAGAAGCAAGUGAAAAUAGUCACUGUUCCAGAAUUUACUUCUGAUCAUAAAAGCAUGAUUGUAAGUCUUGAUGUUCUCCCUUCAAACUUAGUAGAACCCAACUUGGCUUUUACGGAGAAUGAAAACAGAGAUUUAAAGAUUGAUUUAGAAGUAUUUGAAAUGCCUCCACGUUUCACGAAGCCAAUUUGUGAUUAUAAAAUGCCAGAGAAUUCGGAAGCUCUAUUCGAAUGUUCAGUAAUAGGCAUUCCAACUCCAGUGAUUAGAUGGUAUAAAGAAUAUACACAUAUUGAACCAGAUGGUGUUAAAUAUGUGGUUAGUGAUGAGAAGGGAAAUCAUUCUCUUAAAAUUCGGAGGGUUUGCCUUUUAGACAGUGCCACAUAUAGAUGCAGAGCUGUGAACAAUGUAGGUGAAGCUAUUUGCAGGGGCUCUCUCACCAUAGGAAAUUCUGAAAUUGUUGCAACAUCAUUAAGAAAAAGCAAAGUAACUGUAAGUAGUUUUAAGGAGAAAGCAGUCCUGAAAAGCAAAUACUCAGACAGAUUUUUUGAGUUUCAUGUGGUAGAAGGACCUCCCAGAUUUAUGAAAGCGAUUUCUGACUGUAGCUCUCCUAUAGGUACAGCAGCUUACUUCCAAUGUCUGGUUCGUGGUUCUCCCAAGCCCGCUGUCCACUGGUACAAAAAUGGAAAAUUGGUUCAAGGAGAUAGAUUCAGUUCUGAGGAAAGUGACACAGGUUUCCAUAAUCUAUUUAUUACAAGUUUAAUCCCAACUGAUGAAGGCGAGUACAGGUGUGUAGCAACAAACCAAUUAGGAAUGGCAGAGACUUGUGCCACUUUAACCUUAACUAAAUUUUGUUGAACAGUCUAGAAGCUCAAGCCACAAGACCACUAUCUUUUAGCAUCUGUCUAAUUAUUAUAAUUGUCGUAGAUGCUCUCAUAUUUUCAACAUCUAUAGUCCUAGAAGAUGUUUCAGGUGUAUCCAUUUGUAAAGUCCUUUUGAAAACAGUACUUUUAAUGCUCCAUUGAUGUAAGCUCUGUAUGUAGAAAUCCUAUAUUUUAUUACAUGUAAAUAUUCUGCAGCUUAAGAUGUUGAGCCAUUGUCUAUGUAUGUUAGUCUGUGAACAAACUUAUUAAAUAUCUCUUUGGUAAUCUAGUUGUUUGUACUUCUAAUUUACCUGUACUUUGGAAAUCAAGUACAGUGAAAUGUGGACCCCCAUCCAAAUGUUGCAUUCCUCCUUCAUGAUAAUGUGUCAUUGGAAUACAUUCUCUUUGAGUGAGUAAAAGACCUGCAAAUAAACUGUGUGUUCAAAGGAAAAGAGGUGAAAUUGAGGGCUAUAUCAGAUGAGCAAGCAGAAAAUCAAUAAAGGAUUAGCAUCACCUUUCUUUUCUCUCUACAUGUGUUAUAACCCAUAUUUGGAAUUGUUCAUUUGAAUUCAUGACCAUUAUUAACUCUGACUUGAGGCCAACAAAAAAGGGAGUGGUGGUGCAAAAUCAAUUUUGGCUAACUGAUGGCUAGUUCUGACUCUUCACUCUUUAAAGCCAUCCAAAAAAUUUUUUUCAAACUCUGUGUACCACAAAUGUCUUCCAAAGGAUUCAUUAUUUUGUUUAGCACAAUUCAAAAACUAUCUUAAGUGGUCUUCUGUAUUUGAACAGCAUUCUAUCAGCCAUUUGCUGAUAGGAUUUUCCUACCAGUGAAUAUGCACCUCUCCAAGACGUGGGUAAUAACAUAUGUUCCAGACUAUUUACUAACAGUACAAGACAACAAGAUGUCUUAACUUUUUCACUGAAUUUCACUUUUAAAAUGAUAAGAAAUUGUUAAUGGAAUAUGCUAAGCCUUUAUUAUAGAUUGUACUUCUUUAAAAUAAAAUGAUUUUAUCUGAUCAUUUAAAAAUGACCAUCUUUGAAAUAGUCAUAACCUGAAGAAGUCAUUUGAACUUCUAUCUAAACAUAGUCUUACAAACUGUCAUUAUUGAGAAGCUCUGUUUUCUCAUCUAUACAAUGAGAGGGUUGGACUAGAUAAUCUCUAAGGUACCUGCCAACUCUAAGUUUCUAUGCUAUGCAAUGCUAGAUUAAGACAAAAAUUAAUUGAGAAAUAGUUUCAGUUUUGUAGCAAUGAGGAAAUGAAAUGGAAUACAGUAAUGGAAAUAUGAAUCUUGAUUAAAUCUAAUCAUAAGCUGUUGCAUUAUUGCUAUUUGGUUAUGUAACAGUAAGACUCACAAUUAUAUUUUACCUAAUUUGAACAAUAUCUGAACAGUAUUCAAUAAAUACCUUUUCACAUGAUCAUUUGAAUUUUAACCUCAAAUAACAUGUAUAUAUGGUAUCUCUUUUUUCUGUAUGAAUCCUAUAUUUCCUUUGUUUAAUAUGGUGGUUUUUUACAAUGGACUCUUUCUAUCAUCAAAAACUCCCAAACUUUUAAAAUUAAAAGCUAUAAGUAACUGAAGUCAUAAUAAAUAGAACAACCCAAUCUAGGAGGGUCAAUGGUUGAUACUGACUUUCUUAUACCUUAAAAUGAGCUUCAUAAAAAAAAAAUCUAGUGCCUUAUUAAUAAUUAAUGACAUUCAAAAAAGAUAAUAAUUAAUGAUAUUCACAUAGUACAACACUAUAUAUCAUACAUAUGAGAUGUGUAUGUAUACACACACACACACACACACAUAUAUAUAUAUAU